AUGACAUGCGACGAACAUGAAUUCCUAGAAAUAAUGUCAGUAGUUGGAAUGGCCUCAAAACCGCUUCAUGUCCGAAGAUUUCAACGAACACUCACUGAAUUCAGUAAAGAUCCGGAUGCAUUCAGUCUGGUUGCUAUACAGCAGAUCGGUUUACCACCUGCUGCUGCAAGCUAUGGAUACAUCCCACCAACAUCAUCAGCUACACCAGCUACUGCACUGCAAUUCCUCUUGUCAUCACAAAAUCUAGCUGCUGCAAGUUUGGCUGUUGCUGCUGGUUUGCCAUGCACUAGUCCGUCUAUUAGUAAUGAUCAAAACUCGCCGCGAUCGCUGCUACAGCCACUAGUAUCAGCAUCGGAAUCGCUGCAUGAAUUAUUCAAUGCUGCAACGGUGGCAGCGGUAGCCGGAGUAGGUACGUCGGGAACAACAUCUACCACAGCAACUAUUAGUGCUACGGCAAAUGUAAUGGCCGGUGAUUUCCUGACGAGUUUAGUGGCUGGUAUACCGCAAUCCAGCAGCGGUGCUGCAUCCAAUUCCAUGCAUGGAUUGGAGUCAGUAACAUCAUCCAAGAUGACGUCCUUAUGUACAGAAAGUACAUCCGCAACAUCCGGCUUACUUCAACUUUCUGUUGGUUCUCCGACAAGCAGUAACGAAGCAAAUUGCGAUUUCGAUCAGCUAGGAGUAGGGACAAAUACGACAUCCGAAACACCAGUAUUGACGGAGGCUCAAAUUGGAAGACUUGCUCAGUGUUCCCAUCGUCUUAUCGAACAAAUGCCGCAGCUAGAACCCAAAUUGAUACAGAAUAAAAAGAAAAUCAGUCGGGAACUACUCGAUGUGAUGCAGUUACCGUUCGGUUCACCCCAACGUCUACAAGAAUAUCGGAGAUAUUCAGCAAUUUAUGGGCGUUUCGAUGCGAAACGUAAACCGGAUAAGCCGUUAACUUUGCAUGAAGUUUCAGUAAAUGAAGCAGCAGCACAGUUAUGCCUUCGACAACCUGCGCUUUUGACCAGGCGUGACGAAUUGUUUCCACUUGCUCGACAGGUAGUAAAGGAUGCGGGUUAUAACUAUGUUAAAGGAAUGAAGAAAGGUGAUGCGGAUACAAAAAGGCAACGUUCGCUAGUUGUAAUGGAUUUAUUUUACCCUAGUGAACCGUCUCAAUCUCCACAGAGCUCUGCUUCAGCUGGAAGCCCAGGGCUAGACGAAAGUAUUGUUGAUUCCGGAAACGAAUUAACUGCCGCAUCAUCGUCAUCUUCACUGAUAGCAAUGAUUGGUAAUCGUGAUGACACUGGACCGAUCAUUACGUCCAAUAGGAAAAAACGUCGUCGAGAAUCAUCACAAGAACAGGAACAACUAGAAUUAUCGUCAACUGUGGUACCUCUUAUAACAUCCGAAAAACAGCAAAGAUUAGUCGUUAAACGACAUGCUGCUAUUGAGAAACAACAAUGCAGUACAACCAAUAAUGCUACUAAUGAUGACACAUAA